AGCUUUAGCUGAGGGACAUUGAAUGACUUUGUACCCGUGUGCGGCAGAGUAAAGAAAGCUUUUGACAGGUCGGGAUUCGUUACGGAGCUCAUGGAGGCCCUCAUACCUGUCAUAAACAAACUACAAGAUGUGUUUAACACGGUCGGCGCAGACAUAAUUCAGCUGCCGCAAAUAGUUGUUGUGGGAACUCAGAGCAGUGGGAAGAGUUCUGUUUUAGAGAGCCUGGUUGGCAGGGACAUCUUGCCACGUGGCACUGGCAUCGUCACACGCCGGCCGCUUAUCCUACAGCUAGUGCACAUCGACCCAGAGGACCGCAGGAAAACCAGUGAAGAGAAUGAAUCCAAGAAAAAUGGCCGCCUUUACAGAGGCAUCGACGGAGAGGAAUGGGGCAAAUUCCUACACACCAAAAACAAGAUCUACACAGACUUUGAGGAGAUCAGACAAGAAAUUGAAGCAGAAACAGAACGAAUUUCUGGCAAUAACAAGGGUAUUAGUGAUGAUCCCAUUCACCUGAAAAUCUUCUCACCACACGUUGUGAACCUCACAUUGGUGGACCUUCCUGGCAUUACAAAGGUACCGGUGGGAGACCAGCCCAAAGACAUAGAGAUCCAGAUCAGAGAAUUGAUCUUCAAGUACAUUUCCAACCCCAACUCCAUCAUCCUGGCUGUGACUGCUGCCAAUACAGACAUGGCCACCUCAGAGGCGCUCAAAGUGGCCCGGGAGGUUGACAUUGAUGGCAGGAGGACACUAGCAGUGGUGACCAAGUUGGAUCUGAUGGAUGCUGGUACAGAUGCCAUGGAUGUACUGAUGGGCAGGGUCAUUCCUGUCAAACUCGGCAUUAUUGGAAUAGUUAACAGGAGUCAGUUGGAUAUCAAUCAAAAGAAGUUGGUGGCAGAUGCCAUCCGUGAUGAAUAUGCCUUCCUACAAAAGAAGUACCCCUCCCUUGCAAACAGAAAUGGAACCAAGUAUCUGGCUAGAACAUUGAAUAGGUUACUCAUGCAUCACAUCAGAGACUGUCUUCCUGAGCUGAAGACGAGGAUCAACGUGUUGGCAGCGCAGUACCAGUCUUUACUCAACAGUUACGGCGAACCUGUCGAUGACAAGAGCGCCACGUUACUGCAGCUCAUCACCAAGUUUGCUGCAGAGUACUGCCGCACCAUCGAGGGCACGGCCAAGUACAUUGAGACAGCUGAACUAUGUGGUGGAGCAAGAAUCUGUUACAUUUUUCAUGAAACGUUUGGUCGCACAUUGGAGUCAGUCGAUCCUCUGGGUGGCCUGACGACCAUCGAUGUGCUCACAGCGAUCAGAAAUGCAACGGGCCCGAGGCCUGCUUUAUUUGUGCCCGAGGUGUCUUUUGAGUUGCUGGUGAAGCGGCAGGUCAAGCGUCUGGAGGAGCCCAGUCUGCGCUGCGUGGAGCUGGUUCACGAGGAGAUGCAGAGGAUUAUCCAGCACUGCAGCAACUACAGCACACAGGAGUUGCUGAGGUUUCCAAAGCUCCAUGAUGCCAUAGUGGAAGUGGUCACCUCGUUACUCAGAAAAAGACUCCCCGUCACCAAUGAAAUGGUUCACAACCUGGUUGCCAUUGAGCUGGCCUACAUCAACACCAAACACCCCGACUUCGCUGACGCAUGCGGCCUCAUGAAUAAUAACAUAGAAGAACAGAGACGCAACAGAAUGAGAGACCUCCCUGCUGCUGUCCCCCGAGACAAGUCAUUUAAAGGCCCAGGAGGGCAGUCUCUCUCCCCCACUGAGCCGCCUUUCCCCGAGGGCGAGGUCGCCAAGGCAGCAGCCAGCGGCUCUCAGAGUUCUGGCUCUGUCAGCGAGCAGAAUGAUGGCGGGAUGGGGAACUGGAGGGGGAUGUUGAAGAGGGGUGAGGACAGUGCAGCUGGAGACAGGGCCGUGCAACAACCCCCUUACCCUUCAAGCCCACAGAAGGGCCACGCUGUCAACCUGCUAGAUGUGCCUGUUCCAGUAUCCAGGAAACUCUCUGCUCGGGAGCAGAGGGAUUGUGAGGUCAUCGAGAGACUCAUCAAGUCAUACUUCCUUAUCGUUCGGAAAAACAUCCAGGACAGCGUGCCGAAGGCAGUGAUGCACUUCCUGGUGAACCAUGUGAAGGACAGCCUGCAGAGUGAGCUGGUGGGUCAGUUAUACAAGUCGGCCCUGCUGAAUGACCUGCUGACAGAGUCUGAGGACAUGGCUCAGAGACGCACCGAGGCUGCUGACAUGCUCAAGGCGUUGCAGAAAGCCAGUCAGGUGAUAGCAGAGAUCAGAGAAACCCACAUGUGGUGAGGACGGCCUCUCUUCAGCAGGCUCUCUUCAUCCCACAUGCACCCUCAUCCUGCCGGACCCACAAACCCCCUCAGACCCCUGCUGACUGUCUCCCAGCACCUCAGACUGCAGAGACGAACAACGUAAAAAUGCACUGGUGUGGACAUGUGUUUAUGGAAACAUAGUUUUAAUGUACAGUAAGGACUUGGAUUUAAUGAAGGGCAAAUACAUAUCAGUCCAUGGUCAUCUGCACCAUACAUGCUCCUGCCCUAGAUAUUCUAUUUUUCUUAUGUAAUUAAAAUGAUAAAUAGAUGUUAUGCAUCACCACUAUGUGGAGCCUUGCUGAGGAAUGUCUGUUCUUAAUGUAGAUUUGAAUUAAAGCUUGAAAUA